GGUCCCCUACCUUUAUAUACCUAUAGGCUAUAGGUAGGUGCCGGAUAACCUACCUAUAAUGCAGAGAGAGACGGUACUAGAGCUGCCCCCCUGGUGCCGAUCACAUGGUAUUAAAAGCAACUUCAAUCCAGAACUAGACUUAUAAGUCUAGCAACGCGCCCUUAACCGUAUGAACAUUUCCUGGCAUUCUCCCCGAUACCGUCGCCUUGCCGGCCUAGUAGAUAUUCAAAGAUAGCGACUCGUCUGAACGACAGAUUCAAUCAUGCUGUUCAUAGGCUUGACGGGCUCUAUAGCCACCGGCAAGUCCACCGUAUCUUCUAUUCUUGCCUCGGCACCUUACUCGCUACCCAUCAUCGACGCCGACCUUCUCGCUCGCAAGGUGGUCCUGCCCGGGACCCGAGGCUACCACGCCAUCGUCAAGUACUUUGGCCCGACCACCCCUGAUCUGCUCGUCCCGGUCUCGGAGUCGAUGCCCGCCGAUGGGGUCGACGGGAAAGGCAGGCCGCUGAAUAGGCCGGCCCUGGGCAAGCGCGUAUUCGGCGACGACAAGGAGCAGAAAGAGGACCGGGACGUCCUUAACGGCAUCGUGCACCCCGAGGUCCGAUGGGAGGUGUACAAGGCCAUUCUGCUGAAUUACCUGAGGGGCCACUGGGCCGUCGUCUUGGACGUGCCCUUGCUCUUCGAGAGCGGCUGGGACAAGCUUUCGGGGGUGGUGAUAGUGGUGGGCGUCAGAGACCCCGAGGUACAGAUCCAGAGGCUCACAGAGCGAGACCCCCACCUGAGCCGAGAAGACGCGCAGAACCGGGUGAUAAGCCAGACGGAUGUGAGGUUGAAAGCGAAGAGGUGCGAGGCCAGGGGCGAGGGCAAGGGGGUGGUGGUGUGGAAUGACGGCUCUCGAGAGGAGUUGAAGGCCAACAUCGACGCAGCUCUGGGGCAGAUCCGGAAAAGCAGCCCCCCGUGGUGGAAUUGGCUGUGUCUUCUCGUCCCACCGGUGGGUGUUGCCGCGGGAGCCUGGGUGUAUUGGCAGAACGUCAACUUAAACAAGAGGUGGAAGGAGAUAGAACUGGAGGAGAAGGAGAAGCUAUGAGGGGACAACAAGCGACGCAGCAACAACGUACACCUAUAUGCCUAAUCUAUGGGGGGUUUCCCUAGGGAUGGUUCCCGGUUAUCUUGUGCUUGUAUGCCU